GAAGGACUCGUCACACCCCCGUCAAUACGUCUAUGUCCCUCCGCCUUCUGACCGCCGCUCCUGCCGCGCCGGCCUGUCAACCCCAGACACCCAGUCCAAGUUCGGAACCGAGCUCCAGCCCCGGUCGCCGUCUCUAUCCAAGUUCCUUUGGCCCCGCCGCGGCCAUUCCGAGCUCUCCGGGCGCCUCUGUCCCGCUCAGUUCCCUGCCAAAGCAGGGGACUCUGUUCCGGCGGAGGGAUCCGGCGUGACGCGUCACUCUCCCCUCACGGACACCGCGUAGCGCCGGCGGGCGGGAGGUUCGACUGUGGCGGGCGGCGAUGGCGGCGGAGCGGCGGCGCCGGGCGGGCGGCGACCUGAGCGGGCUCCUGCUCCGGAUACGCGAAGAAGGAAAGGGCAGUAUCCCCGAACAUCCCUAUUUCUAUGAGACUGAUGUAGAGAUCUCAUUAGUUGGUGGCAGUUGCAAAAAUCCUGUUGAAAAAUUUUGGAAUGGAAGCAAUGCAAUGUAUAUUUUGCAGAAAGCUACACACAGUGAAGAAAGCGACUCCAUGGAGGAAUCAAGAACAGAUGAUGCUGUUUAUGCCCCUGAGGUUUUGCCAAAGGAGAAUCCUGGAGCCCUGGCUCUUUCUGUUGGAAGAGCAAAGCAGUUGAUUUCCUUGUACACGAUGGUGCAGAACCCAAACGUGCCCUCGCUGGGGAUGAGGGACCUGGCUGUGCUCCCUCCCCUGUGGGCCAGGUGUGAUGGCUCUGACCCUCAGCACACCUGCUGGCUUGGAGCUGAGCCUCUCAAGGCUGGAAACAAAGUCACAGGGAUCAAUAUUUACACAGUUUCCUGUGAUGGUCCUACAGCUGAUAAAACCCAUUUUCCAAACCUGGAAGAGCUCAAAAUGGAACAUAAAAUAAGACAUCAUUCAUCUCUUGUGACAACAAAAGGAUUUGCUCGGUAUGAGCUGAUUGCAGCUGCUGCCAUGGAGGACACCAUUGCAGAAUCUGGCAGCAACAUCUUUGUGGAUAUCACAUGGAACGGUGUGGAAAAGAUUCUGGAGACUCCCCCAGUGAUCUCUGCUGCCACCCUGAACAUUGCCCUGGAGUCGGGGGACCCCAGAAGUCCUGUGUUCCAGCUGUACCGAGAGCUGCAGCUCCUCCUGGCUUUGGCUGAAGGGCUGAAGACGGGUGUGACUGAGUGGCCUGAGCCAUCAGAGUCUGAAUCAGCUCCUCAGCUGGUCCAGCAAUUCCUGACUGAUUUAAAGAAGAAGCUGGAUGGAGAUUAUAUAUUUGAAGACAAGAAUGAAACACAGAAAAUCCAAUGUGACACAGCUGCUGUGGACAGUUGCAUAAAAUCAAUCUUUGGUGAGCGAGGAGACCUGGAUUUCACUGAGCAAUUAUGGUGCAAAAUGAAAAGUGUCAGUUCCUAUCAGGAGUUAAUAGACUGUUUCACACUGGUGAUAAAAUCCCUGGAACGUGGUGAGAUCCAGCCAUGGAUUCACCAGGGGAGCAGCAGUUUCUUAAGUCAGUUGAUCCAGCAGUCCUACCAUGGGAAGAUGGAGGAUGUUUCCCUCAGUGACACCACUCCCGUUCAGAUGCUCCUGGAGGUUGGCUUGGAGAAGAUGAAGAAGGAUUAUGUCAGUUUUUUCAUAGGCCAGGAACUUGCAACAGGAACCUACUUGGAUUAUUUCAUUUCCACUUCAGUGGAGCUCCAGGAACAAGUGCACCGUGUUCAAAAGCUUCACCACAUGCUGGAAAUAAUGGUCAGCUGUACAGGCUUGCUGCAGUUCAGACAUGAGCACCUCUUCCCUUUGACACAGAUUUGCAUGAAGUAUUACAAGGAAAACCCUCUGAAUGAGAAGCAUGUGUUUCAGCUGCCCAUCAGGCCAGCUCUUGUGAAGAAAUUCUAUCAAAAUGACAACCCUGAAGUCUGGAGGGUGGAGCUGAGCAGUGGGCACGGACAGAAGGAGGUUAAAACAACGUGGCAAGUCAGCACCACUGCUCCUGUUGAACAUGUGGCAUCCAACAAUUCAGGUUUCUUGUGUGACUCCACAGUAAAUGGAAGCAGUGAAGAAAGGCUGUAUUUCAUUACCAUGACUCAGUGCAGUCAGGUGCAGUUCACUUAAGUUGAUGUUACUGAGCAAGCUGGACUGGAAAGGUACAGAAAGGGGGAAAAUUCAGUGUUUUCUGUCCCAGCAGAACCUUUAGAAACUCUGGGCUUCAAACAGUUCAUCUUCACUGAUUUAUUUGUUUUGUUACACUUAAGUGGGACCUCCACAGCCACCAUUCACCUGUAGGCACCUCCUUUGUUAAAAAUGCAGUGCAAUUAUGACUGUACAGUAUAAGUAUUUUGUAAAUAUGGUGGAUAUUUUUCAUAUAUUUACAUGCAUUCAACAAAGUUGUGCACUUUGGGGUUUCAUAUUUUAUUUUUUGAUCAUUAAAAAUUCAAUCAGA